AUGGAUCCCCAAGGUACCAGAGAAGAGGCAUUCCCCGCCCGGACCAAGCAAGAGACGGGAACAGUCAAUGGAGUCCCAACAGAGGCCACUUCCAUAAGCUUUUCCGACAAGAUCAUGGUGACGAUUUCACAAGAUGGUAAACUCUCACAGUGGAUUCAAGUACCACUUCAGGCUUCUUCAGGCGGCAUGGUUGAUCUGAGUCUUCCCUCAAACAGCCGUGGUCUGCUGCCUUCGGUGCACCUCACACCCAAGACCCUUCUUGGUGGUGGAGGUGAUGAGCGAGAGACGCUUGGUCAGCUCUAUGCUGCACAGAUCGCCAGUCUCAUCUCCACCCGAGACCCCGAAGAUCGCAGAACGCUGGUUCUGGGUUUAGGUCUCAACAAGGUAGACACAGAGCGGGAGGCGUUCUUUGACACCAUCGAGCUUGUCCAAAAAGUUCUGUGA